AUGAAAUUUUUAAACACUCCAAAGUUUAAAUAUUUGACUAAAUUAUCACUAUCUGAAAACAAGUUAAAAGCAUUACCACCUUUGGUUGGGUUGGAGAGGAUUACUGAGAUUGAUUUAAGUCAAAACCAAUUGAAUGAAUUCCCAAUCAUUAGACCAGGAAACACAUUAAAGAUUCAGACAUUACAAGAUGAUAGACUCACUCACUUGUCUUCUCUCACUAUAUUAACUCUGAGAGAGAACAAACUAACAAUGCUACCGGACUCGAUUGUCCAGUUAAACAAGUUAAAGAGACUGGAUUUAACUAAUAAUGAUUUAUCAAGUCUCCCCUACAUGUUGGGAAGGUUUGAGUCUCUUCAUUCUCUUCUCUUGGAUGGUAAUCCUCUCAAAUUAAUUAGACGUGACAUCCUCCGGAAAGGAACGGUUGAGCUCCUCAAGUAUCUCCGCUCUCGUAUUGAAGAACCAGAAGAACACGUCUCACCACCAACCUCUCCCUCGUCCCUCAAGGUCUCCCCCUCACCAUUCAAGGAAGGAUCCCCGGUGGGGGGCAUGGCCAGAAAGGAAGUUGUGUUGAUGAAAGCUAAUUUGACUGAGCUACCUCCUGA